UGUAUACUAGCUAUCUCUAAUGUUCUUUAUUUUGUUAAUUUAUUUUCACUGAAUUUGUAUCAUCGCAUGACUAUUAUAACGAAAAAAUGUCUGAUUUCGAUCAAUUCGUUGAGUUCGUACAAUAUACUAAAAGAUUUAGAAACGUAGGCGUAGGACCGAGGCGAUAUUUACGUGAUUAUUCUGAUCCGUUUUCAAAAUACUCGGUCGAGGAAUUUCAUGCUCGAUAUAGAUUUACGCCUGAUGUUGUUAAAAGUGUUAUAUUGCCUAUGCUGGAAUCCAUUAGAAAACCUUCAAAAAGAGGCUUACCUUUUCCUCCAGAAAUAAUGCUGUUGAUAACAUUACGCUAUUACGCUACAGGUAGUUUUCAGAAAAUGCAAAAAGAUGUCAUGAAUAUAUGCCAACAGUCAGUUUCCAGGAUCAUUGUCCAAGUUUCCAAUUUGAUAGCAAAAAAAAUGAAAAAGUAUGUUAAAUUUCCAACCACAACGGAGGGACUUAACAUGGUGAAGCAAAAAUUUUACGAAAUCAGCCAUUUUCCUGAAGUGAUUGGAUGCAUUGACUGUACACACAUAAAAAUAAGAAGUCCCGGUGGAAACACUUCGGAAGUGUACAAGAAUAGAAAAGGCUUUUUUUCCAUCAAUGUACAGACAGUUGUUGGGCCAAAUUUAGAAUUUUUCAAUUUAGUAGCCCGCUGGCCGGGUAGUACACCUGAUAAUUUUAUUUACAAUAACAGUUCUAUUAAACAGAGACUUGAUACAGGUGAAUUAGAAGGAGUAAUUUUAGGAGACAGUGACUUUGCCAUGAGUAAUACCAUACUCACACCCUUUUUGUCUCCAAAUUCAAUACCCCAGGAACAAUAUAAUAAAAGUCAUAAUGAAACACGAAAAAUUGUGGAACAUUGUCUUGGUAUUUGGAAGGGUAGAUUCCCUUGUUUACAAGUAGGUAUGUGCAUCAAGGUGGAAACCGUUGUGGCUGUGAUCUGUGCGUGUGCAGCAUUACACAAUAUAGCUGUGUCGGUUGGGGACAUAGCACCAACAAAUUGGGAAAUGGCUGAAAUUGACAAUGACGUUGACAUCACUAUAUGUAAUGAAGACCCAAAUAGUGAUGGUUUUGUGGCGAGACAAUUAUUUGUAGAUAGAUAUUUCCAGAAUUGUUAGAAAAUAAAAAUUUAUUUAAGUUAAAAAAUUACUGCCAUAUUAAGUUGUUCAUUAAUAAGAAUAUACUGAAGUAAAAAUAAGCUUCAUUGAAUAUGUUAAUUAAUAUUUUUUUAAUGUAUCAUAAGUCAGCAAAUAAGCAAACAGUCACUUGAGUCCACUUAAACAGCAAA